GGAGCAGGUCCCGUGGUGGGAAGUGGCCCCGGACUCGUACGCCGGCGUCUCCCCGGUUGCGCAAGACGCCAUUUUGGAGUGACAGUGAAAAGAUAACGGAAAGAUCGAGAAGCUGUCUUUCUGAGAACAAAAAGCUUCGUCACCAUGGGGAAUGUAUUCGCAACCUUAUUCAAAGGCCUGUUUGGCAAAAAGGAGAUGAGGAUUCUUAUGGUUGGGCUCGAUGCUGCUGGAAAAACAACCAUCCUAUAUAAAUUGAAGCUCGGAGAGAUAGUCACCACCAUUCCCACCAUUGGUUUUAAUGUUGAAACUGUAGAAUACAAGAACAUCAGCUUCACGGUGUGGGACGUGGGCGGUCAGGACAAAAUCAGGCCGCUGUGGCGCCACUACUUCCAGAACACUCAAGGGCUCAUCUUCGUGGUGGACAGCAACGACAGGGAGCGGGUGAACGAGGCGAGGGAGGAGCUGUCCAGAAUGCUCGCCGAGGACGAGCUCAGGGACGCCGUGCUGCUCGUUUUUGCAAAUAAACAGGAUCUCCCCAACGCCAUGAACGCUGCCGAGAUCACAGACAAGCUGGGGCUGCACGCCCUCCGCCAGCGCAACUGGUACAUCCAGGCCACCUGCGCCACCAGCGGGGACGGCCUGUACGAGGGCCUGGACUGGCUCUCCAACCAGCUGAAGAACCAGAAAUGAUCCAUUCCAACAGCUUUUUCAUUUAUUUUCUUUGUUUUGUUUGUUGUUUAUUUCUCUCUGUUUCAACACAGCGGCAGCACCGGACCCAGGCCCCCACCCCCCUCUUUACCACCACCACCCUUUUGCUCCCAUCUAACCCCCCCACUCCACCCCCCCACACACAAAUCUUUAACCCCAGCGCUUUCUUUCAAGAACUUCUUUCAUUCCCUCCCUCCUGCUUUCUGCCCUCGUCAGUACUCUCGGGGCUGUAGCCUGUGCUGCGUGUGUGUGUGUGUGUGUGUGUGUACCUGUGUGUUCAGCGAGUGAGAGUGUGUGUGUGUGUGUGUGUGUGUGUGUGUGUGAAGGCUGUGUAUGUUGGCUGGGAUUGGGAGUAACCCUGGCGUGCCUUUUACACACCUCCUGUGGAAUCAGCAGUCUGGUUUUCGAGCCCCCUAUCUCCAUCCACCAAACUCAGCCUCAGCCCCCCCCCCCUUCCCCAAGUCUUGCACGCCUCCCCACCCUCCCCCCACCCUUUCUCUCCAGGGGAAGCAUGGUUUUCAUACGGCAAAGAAAGAGCAAGGGUGCAAGCCCCCCCCUCCCCCCCCGCCUCCCCCCCUGUAGUAUAUAUAUAUCUAUGUUAACUAGAACUGUUCACCUGAUGUAGACUGAAUGCUAAAUGUUCAUUUUAAACCUCCUUUUUUUGAUUUUGAACCCUCAAACCCACCAGUAAGAGAUUCAGCACGUUGCAUCUUAACCUGUAUCAGGUCGAAGCAAAUCAAAAAACAGGAAAAAGGACAAACAACAACAACAACAACAACAAGAAACGCCCAUCCUCGAUCAUUCUGGUGUCAUUUAAAAAUCAUGCUGUUUGUUUUAUUAUUAUUAUUAUUAUUAUUAUUAUUAUUAUUAUAUUGGAAUAUAACAGUUUAUUCUUAGCAAUGGUUCUCCCUCUCCCCCCUCCCUCCCCCUCCCCCCUCCCCCCCAGGUGAGACUGUGAAGCACAAAGCAAGCCAACGAUUAAAAACAAAUUAAAUUAGAAUCUGAGAGUAUAUGCAAUUAUUGUUGAAACAUUUUGGGGGGGGAAUUAACAUGUAAUUCUCCUGACGAUAAAAUUUGAGUCGACGUUCGGUACAAAGAAUCAUCAGAACUAAAACCAGGUGCCGGUUAGCAGGUGUCCCAUCACGAAGCUUCACAUGUUCCUUUACCAGACGUUACAUGUGUUUGUUGUUUAUUUUCUCUGUAACUAGUUCUAGCGUUUCUAUUUGUACUUUGACUGCUGAACCAAAUGCAUUUUUUUUUUUGAGCAGUACGACAAAUCCUGUAAAUGAAGAGUAGUGAAUCCCAGACGGGGCCCCGAGAGGGUUUUGCUCACCGACGGUUGGCAGUUUUAUUUUGAAAAUCUGGAGAGAAAAAAAAAAAAAGGCGUCCGACUGUCUCUGUUUCCUGUUCGGGCUGAAGGUGAAGGAUCGGCACCAAAUAUGAAGGCUCUCGAACUGUGAACGGUCCGCACGUGACAGCGCCGCGUCCUCCAGCUGAGGAGACCAACUGGGGGGGGGGGGGAGGGGGGCGUUCUCGGUGUCUGAAAACAAAACAAAGCACGGGGGUUAAGCUGGCACUUGUGUCGAGAAUGAUUGUAAAUCUGUAACGUUCCCCUGUAAACUGUUUCUGUGGGGAUUUCCUGAACACAUUAAUAAACAUGAUUUGAUCCAACA